AAUUACUAAUUAGCCAACAAAAUAUGUGUUACUACUUACUAUGCAACAGUUCGUGUGCCACCUCCAAUCCCUUCUACUUUCAGUUAGUCUCUCCCGCCAAAAAUUUUCAUUUUCAUCAUCCAAAUUUCUAUCUCUGUUAUUAAUAAUCAUGAAUCAGGUUUCAGAAUAUUUAUGUUCAUCAUUUCAAUUAUUUUAAUUUUAAAGGUAAAUGUCGCUUCAGAAAAUGGGGUCUCCAAGCUCGUCUUCUACCUUGUUUACUUCCGAUUUUUAUGUGUAUCAGCUCCAAGCUAGCCUCAAAUCUAGAGACCCUUUUGCUGGAAAAUUAAUCCAUGCCCGAAUCAUUAAAUCUGGGCUUCAUAUGGGUGUCUUCUUGAUGAAUAAUCUCAUCAAUUUUUAUGCCAAAACUGGGUCUCUCUCUGAUGCUCACCACCUGCUCGAGGAAAUGCCUGUCAGGACUACAUUAUCUUGGAAUACGAUUCUCUCUGCUUAUGCGAAGCAGGGUAGAAUUGAUGUGGCUCACAGAAUAUUUGAUGAAAUACCCGAGCGUGAUUCAGUUUCUUGGACUGCAAUGAUUGUGGGUUAUAAUCAAAUGGGUCGAUUUGAUAAUGCUAUUAGGAUGUUUGUCAGGAUGAUUUCAGAUAAAGUUCUGAUUACCCAGUUUACUGUUACUAACAUUCUGGCCUCGUGUGCUGCUAUUGAGGGUUUGAAUAUUGGCAAGAAAGUUCAUUCCUUUGUUAUUAAACACGGGCUUAGUAGUUAUGUUUGUGUAGCCAAUUCCUUACUGAAUAUGUAUGCAAAGUCUGGGGACCAAAAAACAGCUCUGGUUGUUUUUCAACGGAUGAGAUCGAAAGACAUAUCAACCUGGAAUUCCAUGAUUUCUUCACAUAUGCAAUCCGGCCGCUUUGACCUUGCUCUUUCUCUGUUUAAGGAAAUGGCAGAACGAAAUAUAGUUUCUUGGAAUGCAAUAAUUGCAGGAUACAAUCAACGUGGAUUUGAUAUGGAAGCACUAGCUUUCUUCUCUAAUAUGCUAAAAGAUUCUCCCUUGAAACCAGAUAAGUUCACCUUGGCAAGCAUUUUGUCAGCUUGUGCAAAUCUUGGAAACUUGGAACUUGGGAAGCAAAUCCACGCUCAAAUUAUAAGGAAUAAUUUUGAACUCUCCGUGGCUGUGGAAAAUGCUUUGAUCUCAAUGUAUGCUAAAUGUUGUGGAGUUGAAAUUGCAAAGAAGAUCUUGGAGCAAAGUGGAACUUCAAGUGUCAAUGUUAUUGGUUUCACAGCCCUAUUGGAUGGAUACAUUAAGCUUGGGAAUGUAAAACCAGCUAGACAUAUAUUUGAUUCAUUGGUGGACCAAGAUGUAGUUGCUUGGACAGCCAUGAUUGUGGGUUACACGAAGAAUAGUUUAAACAAUGAAGCUUUAGAGCUCUUCAGGUUGAUGACAAGAGAGGGCCCCAAACCAAACAACUAUACAUUUGCUGCUAUUUUGAGUGUCAGUUCAAUUUUGGCAUCGUUAGAUCAUGGCAAGCAAAUUCAUGCAAGCGCCAUAAGAUUGGGGGAAGUGUCAUCUGUUUCUGUGAGUAAUGCUUUGAUCACCAUGUAUUCCAAAAGUGGAUCGAUCACUUCUGCGAAGAAAGUAUUUAAUCUAACGCAUAGGAGCAGAGAUACUGUGACUUGGACUUCCAUGAUUAUAUCCUUGGCUCAACACGGUCUGGGAGAAGAAGCCAUUGAACUUUUUGAGACAAUGCUUGGGCUUGGUAUUAAGCCUGAUCAUAUAACUUAUAUUGGUGUACUGUCUGCCUGUACACAUGUGGGAUUAGUUGAACAAGGCAGGAGCUACUAUAAUUUGAUGAAAAAUGAGCACAAAAUUGAACCCACACUCAGCCAUUAUGCAUGCUUGAUUGACCUGUUUGGCCGUGCUGGGUUGCUUCAAGAAGCAUUCCAGUUUAUAGAAAGUAUGCCAAUUGAACCAGAUGUCAUAGCUUGGGGAUCACUGUUAUCUUCUUGUAAGGUUCACAAGAAUGUUGAGCUGGCUAAAGUUGCAGCAGAAAGAUUGCUCUUUAUUGAGCCUGAAAACAGCGGGGCUUACUCAGCUUUGGCUAAUUUAUAUUCAGCUUAUGGAAAAUGGGAGGAUGCUGCAAGGAUUAGAAAGUCAAUGAAGGAUAGGGGAGUAAAGAAGGAACAAGGAUUUAGUUGGGUGCAAAUUCGAAACACAGUUCAUGUAUUUGGUGCAGAAGAUGGCAGCCAUCCACAGAAAGAGGCUAUCUACAUAAUGAUUGAAAAGAUCUGGAAAGAGAUAAAAAAGUUGGGUUUUAUUCCAGACACUCAAUCAGUAUUACAUGACCUUGAAGAAGAGGUAAAAGAACAAAUUCUUAGACAUCACAGUGAGAAACUAGCCAUUGCAUUUGGACUGAUAAGUACCCCAGAGAACACCACUCUAAGGAUCAUGAAGAAUCUCAGAGUAUGCAAUGACUGUCAUACUGCCAUUAAAUUUAUAUCAAAGCUUGUGGGCAGAGAAAUUAUUGUAAGAGAUGCUACUCGUUUUCAUCAUUUCAACAACGGUUCGUGUUCUUGUCGAGAUUAUUGGUAGUCAGGAAGAAUGAGACAAUGAAAAAUAUGCCAUUGUCAACUAUUGAAUACAAUAUUUAAAGAUAAGAAGAUAUUGAACAAAACUUAAACUUUGGAUGUUGAUACGAGUGAACGGUUGAGCUGUCUUCAUUUGACUUCAACCUCUUAUUUUCAUAUAAAAGAAAUAUUAUGAUACGUUGCAACUACAAGGAAGCUCACAGGACAAGUUAUUAGCUAGCUGACUUGAGGUGGCCUCUGCUUUCUUGCUACUCAAUCCUUGCCUUUUGAGCUGAAUAUUGUUGUAGAGAUGGAAUAUUUGUUUGAUGAUGAUGGAAAGAGUUAUCUGUUAGACUUUUUAUUUGGGCUUAUAUUGGUUUUAUUAAAGAGAAAUUUACACCUAGUGACCAAAUUUUGAAAUAAAUAUCAUAAUUGACACUGUUUAUUUAAUUAUAGCAUACCGUUUGUUUUUUUAUUAAUUUUGUCUGUACACGUGUAUACGUACACAACUUAUUUUACUUUCAACAUAUAUUAUUUUAUUUUUCCCCCUCUUUCGUAUUAUUAUUACGUUGAUACACUAAUUUAUUCUUUUUGUUUUUCUUGAAUAUCUAUCUACCUCUUCCCUAUUAUUCUUAAUUUUCAUCUACAUUUUCUUUUCCAUAUAAUAAUUCAUUUUCAUAUGAUGGGACAUUUAUCAAAUAUGUAUAUUUUUUUUAUCUUUUUAUCUCUUAAUAAUUUUAAAUAUUUUUUAAUUUAAAAAAUGUUUUCUAACUGCACUAAUAAUGGUUUGUUAUCAAAUAUGUAUAUUUUUUUUUUAUCUUUUUAUCUCUUAAUAAUUUUAAAUAUUUUUUAUAUUAAAAAAUAAUUUUAAAAAUGCUUUCUAACUGCACUAAUAAUGGUUUGGUCAUAAAAGUUGUAUUAUUGU